AGGCGGCGCAGCCACGUCCUUUAAAUAAGGGCUUCCCAGAGCGUGCACCGCAGUGUGUGGAGUGGGGACGCGGCCCAGGGCAGAGCUGCUGCAGACUGCGAGAUUUUAUCAUUCCUCCUGGGGUUGCAGGAGAAACACCGAACAUGGAGUGGUCAAGCCAGACUUGUAGCCUUGGUGAUUCCUCUAAGUGAUCUUGUAAAAUGUCCUUUAAGUUGCCUGGACCUCCGUCUCCUCAAAAAUGAGGUUCUCUUUGAAAGUCUAUGAAAGACUUUUGAUAUCAGGAAGCUUUUGGCUUACAUUGUUUGCCAGAAUCUUCACCAUAACAGUGUAUCAUGAGGAAAAUGGAAGCAAGAUUUAUUUUGGAGUGUUUUGAGGGUGACAUUCCUGGAGUACGUUAAGUGGAAAAGGACUUACCCUACAUCAUCAUUGAUAUUCUACAAAAAAUACCGUGGAAGCAUUCAUCUGUCUGAUCUGUUGUUUCAGGUGUCCGCGUCAGUUGAUGGUGAAUGUUGAUUCUGGAGAAAUCCUGCUACAGCUGCUGGAGCCUGCACUGCCAGGCAGCAGAAUUGUGAGCUAGAGUAAAGCAGAAAUCUAAGAAUAUGAGCUCUGGAAUGGCCAUGAGUGAACCAAGGCUGAACUGGGAUGUUUCCUCAAAAAAUGGCCUAAAGACGUUUUUCUCUCGGGAAAAUUAUAAAGAUCAUUCCAUGGCUCCAAGUUUAAAAGAACUGUGUAUUUUAUCUAACAGACGUAUAGGAGAAAAUUUGAAUGCCUCAGCAAAUUCUGUAGAAAAUGAGCCGGCAGUUAGUUCAGCAACUCAAGCAAAGGAAAAAGUUAAAACCACAGUUGGAAUGGUUCUUCUUCCAAAACCAAGAGUUCCUUAUCCUCGUUUCUCUCGUUUCUCACAGAGAGAGCAGAGGAGUUAUGUGGAUUUAUUGGUUAAAUACGCAAAAAUUUCUACAAAUUCCAAAGCUGUUGGAAUAAAUAAAAAUGACUACUUGCAGUACUUGGAUAUGAAAAAACACGUGAGCGAAGAAGUUACUGAAUUCCUAAAGUUUUUACAGAAUUCUGCAAAGAAAUGUGCACAGGAUUAUAAUAUGCUUUCUGAUGAUGGGCGUCUCUUCACAGAGAAAAUUUUAAGAACUUGCAUUGACCAAGUGAAAAAGUAUCCAGAAUUCUAUACUCUCCAUGAAGUCACCAGUUUAAUGGGAUUCUUUCCAUUCAGAAUAGAGAUGGGAUUAAAAUUAGAAAAAACUCUUCUUGCACUGGGAAGUGUAAAAUAUGUGAAAACAGUAUUUCCCUCAAUGCCUGCAAAGUUGCAACUCUCCAAAGAUAGCAUAUCUACCAUUGAGACACUGGAACAAACAACUGCAGCUAUGCAUUAUGAUAUUAGUAAAGAUCCAAAUGCAGAGAAGCUUGUUUCCAGAUAUCACCCUCAAAUAAUUCUAACUAGUCAAUCAUUAUUUGCCUUAUUAAAUAAUCAUGGACCAGACUACAAGGAACAGUGGGAAAUUCCAGUGUGUAUUAAAGUAAUACCUGUUGCAGGUUCAAAACCAGUUAAAGUAAUUUAUGUUAAUUCACCACUUCCACAAAAGAAAAUGACAAUGAGAGAGAGAAAUCAAAUCUUCCAUGAAGUUCCUUUAAAAUUCAUGAUGUCCAAAAAUACAGCUGUUCCAGUCUCUGCAGUGUUUAUGGACAAACCAGAAGAUUAUAUAUCUGAAAUGGAUUCCAUCUGUGGAAAUGCUCCUUGGAUUCUUGGGAGGGAAAAGAUGUCUUAUGAAGUUAACGAGUGCCGAAAAAUUGAGACCCUUGAAAAUUUGGAUCUGGAUUUUGAUGAUGACGUCACAGAACUUGAAACUUUUGGAGUAACUACCACCAACCCAUCAAAGUCACCAAGUCCAGAAAGCAUUUCCACAGUACACAACAUGACAGACACUCCUACAGCCCCCAGUGUAGCAACUACACCUGUGGUACCAAUUGCACCAGAUAUUUCUGCUCAUUCUAGGAGUUUAUCUCAGAUUCUGAUGGAACAAUUGCAGAAGGAGAAACAGCUGGUGACUGGUAUAGACGAUGACCCUGAAGAGUAUCAAAAUAAAGAUGAUCAGGGAUUUGUACCAUGUGGUGAAAAGGAAUCAGAUAAUUCUGGCAAGUCUAUGAUGCAAGAUAGUGACUUGAAAACACCAGAUGCCUUACAGUUAGAAAGUUCUACAGAAAAUGAAACCUCUAAUGAAAAUGAUAUGGCUACUGAUAUGGUAUAUGCUGAUGAAAGACCAGAUGUUCUAGAGAACCCAGACAAUUCAAAGGAAAAGACUGCUACAUCAGAAGCAGCGAAAACUGAAGAUAUAGUUCUUUGCAAUAGUGAUACAGAUGAAGACUGUUUAAUCAUUGAUACGGAAUGUCAAAAGAAUAGUAAUGAAAUAACAGCCAAUGUGAGUUCUAAUUUAAGUUCUAAACCAGCUAGCCCAAAUUCUUCCUUGGGACAGGCUUCUGUAGAAAACCAGACUAAUACUAAUACUACUUGUAGUCCUGAAGAGUCAUGUGUUUUAAAAAAACCUAUCAAACGAGUAUAUAAAAAAUUUGAUCCAGUUGGGGAAAUUUUAAAAAUGCAGGAUGAACUCUUGAAGCCAGUUUCCAGAAAAAUACCUGAAUUGCCCUUAAUGAAUACAGAAAAUUCGAAACAACCUCCUGUUUCCGAGCAACCCUCUGUUCCUUCAGAUGCCUCCAAUUGGCCCAAAACUGUAUGGCCUUCUGCAUUUCAGAAACCAAAAGGACGAUUGCCAUAUGAACUUCAGGACUAUGUCGAAGAUACAUCAGAAUAUGUAGCUCCUCAGGAAGGAAAUUUUGUUUACAAGUUGUUUAGCCUGCAAGACCUGUUGUUACUUGUGCGAUGCAGUGUCCAGAGGAUAGAGACCAGACCACGUUCUAAAAAACGGAAGAAAAUCAGAAGACAAUUUCCAGUUUACGUUCUACCGAAAGUGGAGUAUCAAGCUUGUUAUGGAGCUGAAGCUCUGACCGAAAGUGAGCUUUGUCGCCUGUGGACUGAAAGUUUAUUGCAUUCCAACUGCUCAUUUUAUGUUGGUCAUAUUGAUGCAUUUACUUCAAAACUUUUCCUGCUAGAAGAAAUCACCUCGGAAGAAUUAAAAGAAAAACUUUCAGCACUCAAAAUUUCAAGUUUAUUUAAUAUCCUCCAACACAUUCUGAAGAAAUUAAGUAGUUUGCAGGAGGGUUCCUAUUUGUUGUCUCAUGCAGCAGAAGAUUCUUCACUCCUGAUCUACAAGACCUCUGAUGGAAAAGUUACUAGGACAGCGUACAAUUUGCAUAAAACACAUUGUAGCCUUCCUGGUGUACCUUCCAGUCUCUCAGUUCCCUGGGUUCCGUUAGAUCCCAAUCUGUUAUUACCAUAUCAUAUCCAUCAUGGAAGAAUACCUUGUACUUUUCCACCUAAAUCAAUAGGUCCCACAGGACAAAAGAUUAGUGGAACAAGAAUGCCUCCACACAGCCGCAGGAAUCCAGUUUCCAUGGAAACCAAAAGCCUGCCUGCUCAGCAAGUUGAAAAUGAAGGAGUGGCUCCAAAUAAAAGAAAAAUAACUUAAGGACUCUUCCAUGGAAAAUGAAGAAAAAACAGUUAUAACAAUGUUCAAAUUAGAAAAGUUUGAGGAGAAAUAAUACCCAAAGAUCAAUUGGCAAAAUGACCAUUUUUCUUUUAGUGUCCUUGAGAGUUCUUAGAGUGCCUUGAAAAAGCAUGUUGGUUAUGUGAAGGAAUGUUUCAACUAGAAUGGAAUGCUGUACUCUUAAAGUCUUGAUGUCUGAGGAAAAUUUAGGUAUGUUUUAACAUUAUCAUGGCAGGGAAAUAUAUAGAAAAGAUAAUUAUUUUUAUAGUAGACCUUUUUCAAAAAUUAUAAAUAGGAAAAUCAUUUGCUUUCUUCAGGAGCAAUAUUUAUCAUUGUGUGUUAUGUUAAAUAAUUUGAGUUAUAUUACCAAUCUAUUGGGAUUGGCUCAAAAGGUUAAAUUCUGCCACUGUCAAAUAAUUUUGAGCAAUAUGUAAACCUUAUUUCUGACCUAUUUUGACAGUUUUUAUAUACUAUUUUAAAAUGAUGAUUAUUGCAGGUUAAUGAAGUUAAUACCUUUAAAAACUUGGCAAAAUUCUGUUGCAAAAGCCAAAAUUAAAAUAAAAAGCUUCCUGCCUCUGAAAAGUCACAAGUUGACAUUUUCUUGUUGGGCAGCCAUCUGUUUAAAAACAACAACAAUAACUUUUGUGUUACAGGCUUGGUGACGAAUGUCUCAUCGCUCGGUACAUAUCCCAGCUGAGUGUUGAAGUACACUACUGAAAGCAAAGAGAUGAGCAUGUUUUCCAUAAAAGUCUAAUUAUUUCGACUGAUAAAGCCAAUGUGUGGUAAAACAUAAGCUAUUUUUUCCUCAUACACUGAUUAAUUUAAAAUUUUCAAGACCAUAUAGAUGAAUUUGGAAAGAGCAUGAUCAGCCGAUGUUACUGUAGCCAAUUUGGACUUAAGGGAUAGACUUAUUUAAUUUUUGUAUCCUUGUUCUUUAAUGUCCACUAAAGUUUUCAGAAAUAUGUGCAUCAUUUAUAAAUACAAGUUUUGUAAUCCAAGACAAUGUUAGCUUUGUUUUGGAAUUUUUAAUGUGUUUUAAUAUAAGCUAAUAAGAAACCUACAUUAAUAUAAGAAAUCUAGAAAUUUUUAAAUUCCUAGUAAUCUCAACUAUUAUAAGUAACAGUUGAAUGUUUUUAUCCUCAACUACCAAGGUUUUUUUUGAUUUUUUUUUUGGUCAGUUAUAAAAUAUUUUUUAAUUAGUAAUAGUAAAAUUAUUUUACAUAUUUUAUAAUUUCCUCAUUCUGCCAUUUUCUUUUUAAAACAUUGAGCUUUUUUUUAAAAUGGACUUGAUUAUUUUUUUUUAACUUUGUUACAUACUCCUAUGUCCCAGAAAUACUUUAGUUGUGAAUCAUUUGGCAGUGAACCCAGGGAGGGUCAGGGAUUCCCUUGGAAGUUGCUUUUUUAAAAAAGCUCAACAGUUAUUUCUUCAGACUUCUGAAUACUGGAAACUUGGCUUUCGUUUUAUUAAUAUUACUUUUUAGUAAAAUGUGUGAUCUUACAAGAUCAUAUUGAAAUUAUCUUAGUUAUGCAUUUGCUUAACGUUGAUAAUAUAUAUAAAGCUAAUCUUAGUUUUCCACUUGUGCUUAAUUAAGCCUUUAACAUAUUUGAUCAUGUCUAGUGUUCUUUUUCUUGAUUUUUAGUACUGAGAAUGUGUAAGCAACAAAGUGAAACUAAUAAUAUGAGUAAAGAUUUUUUUUUUUUUUUAAAGAAAAAAGCAAAAAGACUCAGUGUUGGCAAGGAUGUGAUGAACCUGACCCACUUAUACCUCCAUGGUGAAGGUAUAAUUUGUACAUACCUCUUGGACCACUUAAUUCAGUAAAGUUUGAGUGCACCUGUGUGUCAUGCAGUCUAAAGCAGGUCCCAACUUACUCUCAUAUGUCCUUUUUUCACAUCUCAUAAUAUUAGUUUUUUCACUUGCUGGCUUCUUGAAUAGACUGCAUGCUCUGCAAAGGCAGGGGCAUAUUUCUUUUGUUCACCAUUAUGUAGCAAAUAACUAACAUAUUGUCUGUCAUGUAGUUGCUUAGUAAAUAUAAGGUGGAUAUAUGAAUAAAUGAAUGUGUAGAGAUCGGUGAUAGAUUUUUUUUUUCCAGAAGCACACAUUCUAAUGAAGGACACAAUACUGACCCAUGUGAAUAAGUGCUCUGAUUAAUAUAAGGAAGUUAUCUAACCUAGACUUGAUAAUUAAUAGAAGUUUUCUGAGAGAAAGCUUGGGCCAAGUCUUUUAAAAAUGAGUAGAAGCUAUAAGGGAAGAAUGAAAGAUCUUCCACACAGAAAGAAAGCAGCAUAUACAAAGGUAAAAGAUGGCUAGGUUGUAGGCUUGUAGGCUAUGGCCUGGGGUGAUGAGAGAAAAGCUCUAGGACAGGGACAAAUAUGCAAUGGCAUUUGAAUUCUGACCUGUACCACAUGGUGUGAGAACAAGUAGUGAAUUUUAAUAAAAAUAACAUGAUCAGAUAA